AUGGACGACUGGACGGUGACCUCGGCGAGAUCAUUGCCUCCACUCUGCGAACUUUGCGGUUUUCUCCUCUCCGACUCCGCUCUCGGCGGACAUAUCGGAUGCUCUUUCCCGCCCCUGCGCCUUCAGCCUACAAUUCUGCUCACUUCUGCUCUUCUCUAUUCAAGGUCUUCUUUUAUCACCUCUCUGCGAAGCGAGCUCGAACAUACAACGACAUAUCGCACCACAAAUCAAACUGUCGUGACCGGGCUACGUAUUUUAAUUGAGACGAAUCCAAAGUUCACUCACUCUGAGGAGGCCUUUCGCAUCCCAACAGCAAAGAUUAGAGAAUCACCCAAUCGAUUAACGUGGACAAACGACAAUUUGGUGUCGCUGCUCGCUAUUCUUCCAUCCAAUCUGAGGUCAGUGGGAUUGCGAGCAAGGAGCACCAAUCGUGUAGAUUUUAAACCCAGUGAAGUAAAAGUCGUUCUCGCUGGGACUUUCCUCAGAGGUCCCCUCAUUCUUCAGUGCGCCCACAUGUCAUCACCCCAUUCAUCUGCAUCUGGAAGUCGUGCUGCUUCUCCCGAGGAUGAAAAUGGAAAACCGAAGUCUCAGUCUCCUUCUUUGCCACCCAUCUCAAGGUUAGAUCGGCACGCAGAUCUUAAACGGCGUUCAGCUCAGGCCUUCACAGUGUUUGCCAACGAAGAGAGAGAUAGGCUAUUGAAAACGCGUCCUGACUUACCUAUGGGGCUCGUCACUCGGAUGAUGGUCGAGAAAUGGAGGAGUCUUGAUAACGAGGCAAAAAAACCUUACUUCGAGGCAGCACGGACAUCCCCGCCCUUAAAAACUGUAAAGGGUACGAAUGAUACCUCAUCUGAAAUUGUCCCUUCGAAGAAAUGGCGUCCAAUUGUUACCUAUAGUCAACCUGUACUUACCGUACCAGUUCGUGAUCAACCAUUUCGUGCUGAACAAACCUCUGGGCAAACUCCUGGAAGAGUCAUUAUUGUUCAAGGAAAGCUAUCUAAUCCUGUUGUGGAAGUUCCAAAAAAUCCUUCUGCAAUAUCUGCGUCGAUCGCACAAGCCCUUGGAGUGACUAUAGUAGCUCCACAACGAACGUCGUCAACUCCUAUUUCAACCGCUGUUAUGCCUCCUCCGAUUCGUACAUCUGUAGUACGAACUAAAACAAUUCCUAGUGCUGUUGGGCUCUCAUCUCAACAAAUUACCUCUACUACAAUCAAUUCGGAGGCUCAAACGCGGUCUGAUAAUAACGGUUAUGGAUUUUCAAGUUCUCAGCAGGCCUUGGAUAUGUUUUAUUUGGCGUUGUGUGAGCCAGCAUUCCCUCACCCAAAUGAACCUCCGCUCACUCCCUACCCUGCGAACUACUGUUAUGAAGCAUAUCUGAGGAUGACAUCUGGCCUAUAA